AUGAUAUCAACGUGCCUUGGCCAGAGCGCGGACAUGACUGAGGGAGUCUACACGGAUUUGAAAACCGGUAUCAGCUUUACCACGUGGACAAGCCAGGACGGCUUUACCACUGGCCUGGUCCUGCCCCCAAAUGCCGCCGGCCAGGAUGCUGUCGACUAUAUAGGCUUGCUGAGAUGUGAAAGCGAUACGGCAAAUGCGACGGGGUGGUGCGGCUUGGCCCACCACGGAGACAUGCUUGCAGACUUGCUCCUUAUCGCCUGGCAAUACCAAGGCUCAGUCGUGACGUCGUUUCGCUGGGCGACUGACUACUUCAUGCCGCCUGCCUAUGUCGGGCAAGACGUGAGCCUGACGCAAAUCAGCUCAUGGGCCAACUCGACGGGAUACGAAGUCAUCUACCGGUGCCGCAACUGCCUCCCGCCCAAGACACAACCCGCUGCCAUCGCCAAGUCCGCCAAGGCGUCCAAAACCUCGCUUCCCCUCGGGUACGCCCAGGGCUUCGACUCGCCGCUGAACCCGGGAUGCCCCGGCAAUGUCACAUUUACUUUCCACGACAAGGGAUACGGGGAGUGGGAGGCGUCGCUGGUAAACACGGAAGCCACUUUGUACGACCAAUGGGCGCUCUUGGCGACGAAAGUUCAAAAUGACACAUGCUAG